AUGGUAAGAACAUCCCCAUACACCAAGGAACUCACAUUGGCGGAUCAGAUAAAGCAUUUGGAGUUCAACGAGAACCAUGCCAAGUGGUUAGAACUUAGAAGAGGCGUUUGUCGAUCAUUCGCUCACCUCGACGCCGUUUCGCAGCUAGCGACUAGAACCAUCGGGCAUUCGCCACAUUAUUGGUUGCUGAACGGCCAACGAAGGAAAGGAAGAGAAUCAGUUGCGAUUCUCUCCAUGGAUCUGCAGGACUUCUUGCUUCGCGCUCGAGUGCUCAAGCUUUACAGACAAGCUCUACGGACUGCUGGAAGAGCUCCUCGUGAUUCUAGAGCUGAAUUGAAGCAGUUGAUUAGGCAAGAGAUGGAGAGUAAUCGAGAUUGCAAGGAUAAACAAAAGAUCCGCUUCUUGCUUAGUGAAGGAACCGAGAUGUUGAAAGGUCUGAGUGAGAUGCUUGGCAUGCAGGGACAUUGCUAGUGGAAUCAGUGAAGCUGCCUGCCUGCCUGCAGCAUUUGGUGUAUCUUCACUAACACAAUGUUGAGCUGUAAACCAGCAGCUCAAGUUAUCAAACAAGUCAAAUUCUAUCUUAAUGCCUCUUCAGUAGUUCGUGAACCUAAUUUAGUUUUUUUAGUUGGUAUUGAAAAAAAAAACAAACUUGGUUCAAACUAAAAUACAAGUAUUUGUGUUUUGAAGCAGA